CACAGCUAGUCACGUGACCCUUCUGUUUACCAAAAUGGUGUACAUCUAUGUUUUACAAAUAAUUUUCAUUUCUUUCUAAUAUUUGUUCCAUUCACUUAUGAUACAUUCAAUGAAAUGCCAGUGGAAUUGCAGUGAGCUUACUGCUAGCGUUAACAUCUCGUAAAAGGGCAAUCGUAGCUGAUAUUACACUAGCACCGCGUUUGGUUGUUACAAACGAGUGUAGCGAAAGUUUGAAAGUAGCUGUACGAAAGUGUCUUCCGCGUCUAAUAUCUCGGUGGUUUUUACUGAUGGACGUGAAUUAUUCUGACUUAUUGUGAGCAUUCCGAGUGCGUUUUCUCACGAUGCGAUCACUGCCAUAUUAGUUACACGACUCUUCGAAAACUCAUAAAACUCAUUGACCUAUUGAAUUACUAUUUUUUUUUUGCGUUCCCAUUUUAGAUGACGGGACUCCGUAUCUUUAUGUAAUUACCUUGGGGGUGACCGAAGUUACACAAGGCCUAAUUUCAUUACUGACAAUGUUGAAUGCACAGCGUUGCAGUGAUUACAGAUGAUCUCUGAUGUAGGUUAGUGCAAGCAGAAAGCACUUUCAAAUAGGACAUCUAAAUGUCAGAAGGUGUCCUAGCAUAGCGUUUCAUGCUUUGGCCAGGCAUUUUUAAAGAUGGCCACGUAUCAAGUUGACUAUCAGUGGGCUUAUACCAUAAUGGAUUCAUCUAGGAUAUCCACUUUCCUAAUAUCAAUUUUAUUGAUAGUCUAUGGCAGUUUCCGAUCUCUAAACAUGGAACAGGAAGCUAGAGAAAGAGAAAAAGAAAAGGAACGUGGUAAUUUAUUGACUGGAAUUUUGAGUAACAGCAGCACAGCAAAUGCAGAUGGUGCUAAUGGAAGAGUUCAAACACUAAAUACAAUGCAUGCUCUUUGUCUACCUCUUGGUGCUUCCAUUUCUCUACUCGUCAUGUUUUUCUUUUUUGAUAGCAUGCAAAUGCUUGUAGCAAUCUGUACAGCCAUCGUAGCUGCAGUUGCAUUGGCAUUUCUUCUUUUGCCCAUGUGUCAAUAUAUCAUUAGACCAUGUUCGGAUGGUAAUAAAAUAUCCUUUGGUGUCUGUGGAAGGUUUACUGGUGCAGAAUUACUUUCAUUUUCAUUGAGUGUGAGUAUAGUAUGCAUUUGGGUACUGACUGGGCAUUGGCUACUCAUGGAUGCAAUGGGUAUGGGACUUUGUGUAGCAUUCAUUGCAUUUAUUCGAUUACCUAGUCUAAAGGUAUCCACCAUACUCUUAACUGGAUUACUCAUUUAUGAUGUCUUCUGGGUUUUCUUUUCAUCUUAUAUAUUCAGCACAAACGUAAUGGUUAAGGUAGCAACUAGACCAGCAGAUAAUCCAGUGAAUCUUGUGGCUAGAAGGUUGCACUUAGGCGGUGUAGCAAGAGAAGCACCAAAACUUCCUUUACCUGGGAAAUUAGUGUUUCCAUCGAUGCAUCAAGCAGGACAUUUUUCAAUGUUAGGUCUUGGCGAUGUCGUUAUGCCAGGCCUGCUGCUUUGCUUCGUUUUACGAUAUGACGCGUACAAAAAGACUCAAUUGUUGCCCGGUGGUUGUGAAACAGGAGUUCCACCGCCACGACACAUCAAUCGCAUUAGUUAUUUUCAUUGUUCACUCAUCGGUUAUUUUCUUGGUUUACUUACUGCUACUGUAAGCUCUGAGGUGUUCAAAGCUGCGCAACCUGCCUUAUUGUACCUUGUGCCCUUUACUUUAUUGCCAUUGCUCACAAUGGCAUAUUUGAAGGGAGAUUUACGUCGAAUGUGGAGCGAACCAUUCAUAUCUCAACAACCUUCCAAACACAUGGAAGUUUGACAACAGUCAUGGGUUUGUGUAUAUUACACAUUAUGGGAGGAAAGCUACUAAUAGAAUCCCAUUGUCACUUAUCAUAACGUCCUUAUUUUUAUCAAUGUCAUUUAAUGUAAGUAAUUUUUUUUACACAUGCGUCUUUUAAUGCCACAAUGCAAAUUACGAUUUAAUACAUGGGAAACGUAAAGGUAUACUACACUACGACAUUGAUUUAAUAUGAUAUUAAAAAUACAAUAAAAAUUACGACAAAAUUUUUUUUAUUAAAGUGACAGAUAAAGCAAUUUUCGGAAAGCGUAUUUAGAAUACUGUCUAUUAUCAAUAUGUCAUUGGUAUUCAUUUUGUGGUCUUAAAUUCGAUGUUGAGUAAAUGAAUGAAUUAUGUAUAAUAGAUAAAGUAAAUGGUAAGGUAAUAUACCGUUUACUAAUUAUUCUUUCAUGGUUUAGUAAAUACGUAAAAACGUGUUCUGAAAUUCACUUAAAAAAAAAAACGGAUAGGUAUCUCUUUCUUUUUUUUAGUUUUACAAUGGCUUUACUAUACAAAUUUUUAAUAUUUCAUAAUACACAAUUUUUGUAUUCCUUCUUUUUUACACUAAACCAAUAACACAUAUACAUAUUAAUAAUUUUGCUAUAACUCUGUUAUAAAUGUGUGUGAUAUUCUCUACGCAGAAAGGUUCUUUUUAAUUUAUUGUUCAAUCAAUAUCAAACUAAUUGUAUGUAACGUGUAGUUAUGGAUAGAGUAAUUUAAUAAUUAUUCGACGAUUUCCAUGAAAAUCUAGUGAACGUAUGUGUGUAGGUUGUGACUUUCUUUUACUUGGAGCUAGCAUUGAACAGAGCAUUCUCUACACAAACGUGUAUAUAAAUUUUGGUUUUUAUAAACUUAAGAAUAAAAAUUUACAGUUCGUUAUUAGGAUAAACAGCAAGCAUUUCAACUUGCCAAACAUCUUGCUAACUUUGUACAGCACGAUGUAAAAUUGCAAACAAUUUUUAGGGAAAUGAAAAGUGGAUGUUGUAGAAUUUUAUUGUCAACAAAAAAAAAAAAAAAAUGAGUAAAUUGCGUAUUUGUGUCUUGAUUUUCAAGGACUAUUUCGUGAUAAGAAAGAAGGAUUUAUGAUGGAAAAAUAGAGUGUUUUAACUAAGCUCUUGCUAUGGAUGGGCACCAGAAAGACUUUAUAUGUUUAUUUAGAAACAAGACUGAAGGAGGGAGAGUAAAUUGUAUGAAAGCCAACAUAUUUAGAGGUCUCUCAAAAAGAUAUAAUUAAUCAAUCUUUUUUGUUCAAUUUUUCUCAAUUUAUAAUACCAUAAAUUGACAUGAUACAACAUAAUAUGAUAUAUAAUACAAUAUUACGCAAUGUGUCACAAAGUAAAUUAAUUGCUUUCAUAAUUCCUAUUAUUUACCGUAGAUUACGAAGGAAUCUAGAAUCUAAAUGAUGUUAGUUGUUUACUGUUUGUUUUUAUAAUACUUUAUUCAUCACAUUCUAAAGAUUACGAACGAAUUACAUAUAUGUAUAUUAGAAUUUUGGUCUGUGAAUAUAUUUUAUGGAUAAGAAUAUUUUAAGGAAAGCGAUACGUUUUUUAAUCUGUAAUGUAAUCUGUUUUGCACCUAGAAUGGUAUAAUAUGAUGAUAGGUGCAGUAAAUCAUCGGGUACAGAAAUACAAUAUCUUGUACACUUGUAUAUUGAGAUAGAAAGUAAACUCUAAACUGUAACGUGGACGAAGGAAAAAAGAAAAGAAUAUUAUACUUGCGAUUUUGUUCAUUAGAAAAAUUUCGAUAUUUCAUUUUUCUUUUAAGUAUUUUGUUCUUACUUUUAUAAGGUUAAUAGAUUAAUGUUAAAUUAAUAUAGAUUAAUGUACAAACACUAAUAAUUCUAAACUUAAAAAAAAAGAACAAAAGAUUAUUUGCAUAUGUGAUUGUUUUUAUUUUUUUUUCUCUUGCUUGUGUUAACGUGGAUGAAAGGAAUUUAAGCAAUUUAUACGAUAUAUUAAAUAUUACACUGAUAAAAAUACUCCUUUUUAUACAAUCUAAUUAGUUUUUGUAUAAAAUUGUGAUUCUUCCUAUACUUUAUUCGUUUACCUGUCCAUAGCACAAGCAAUUUAUUCUCAUUCAUUACUCGUCUAGAUGAAGUAAUCUUUGGAUGAGUCGUACAGAAGAAAUAUCUACGUAUUUCUCUCAUAAGAUAUAAGGAUAUAAGUGACAAAGUAUAUUUUAACUACUUCCGUUGUAAACAUAAAAGAAGAAGACUUGAGAUCAUCCAUAAACUGGAUGAGUUUAACUCCGUUCUAUUAAAGUUCAGAAAGCUUAAAACUCAUUUUAUGGUUCGUUCUUCUUUCUAUUUCUUCCUUUUUUUUUUUUUAUCUACAAUGUAGGGUUAAUGUUUUCAUAAUGUACAUUUUGAGUUCUUUUAUUUCAUUGAAUGUACAUACAUACUAUACUAUGUUAACUCUAUGCAUUAAUUUUGUAUCGUCAAUUUUUCGUUCACUUUGUAAUCAAAGAUGCGAUUUAUUGAAUAAAAUUUUGUUUCAAUAAAUUUAAGUAGUUAGUUAAACAUUUUAGUUAAAAAGAGAAAAAACCAUGAUGUAUAUCUUUAUAUAGAGAUAUCGUGCAAUAAUAAAAUGUGUUUCAAUGCUUUCGUUAUUAGGGCUGCAUCAACAAAUUACUUUUUCAUAUAGGGAAAUGAUUGUAUCAUGUUCUUGCUUUAAUUCUCUUUUUUAAUUCGUAUUGCUUUUUUUUUUGUACAAACAGAAUUUAACGCAUAACAAUAUAGAAAAUAUCGAUCGAUAAGAUUAUAACUUAGUUUAUGGCGAAAAUGAAAGAUGUGUAAAAUUAUAUUUUUUCCUUUCUUAUAAACUUACGUAACGAGCCACGUUUUAAUUAACGGGAGUCUUCAAGUCUGAUGGAUUAUUUAUUUUGACUAGGAUAACAAGUUUCAGAAUGGGAAGCAUGUACAUAAAUAACAGACUCGACUGUCCUUCAGUUUUCCCACAAACUAAGUGACAAAAAAAUGACAUAUAUUAUAUAUAUAUUAUAUAUAUACAUAUUAGUGAUACGAUGUAUGAAAUAAAAAGCAAGAUAAAUGAGAAAAAUACAUUUAAAAGAAGAAAUCGGGAAUUAUAAGUCAUAAAUAGAAUAUAAUUAAAUGCUAAAAUAAUAUAGCUAAUAUACUUAUAAGAGCACUUUGCUUGUACUGUUGCAAUUCUCGACUUGCAUGUGUACAGCUAUGUACAUUUUUAUAUAUAAUAAAAAAACACGAUCGCGCCUCGCGCGUGUUCGCGUUGAAUAAGUAAAGUUAUUGAAUAAA